UUUGUUUUUGUACUUAUGAAGGUUGGUUGGUUGGUUUGGCUCAAAAUUCUAAAUUCCUUCCGCAUUAAAUUCUCUCUUUCCUUAUCGAUUUUGAAGCGGUCUCUCUUGCCGGAGCUAUUAUAGGCACAAUCCUCGCUCUCCUCUACAUUCUUCUCUGUUUGGGUUUUUGGUGGCUCACAAUCCCAAAUAGGAAUCUUCAUUUUCCGUUUGUUUUUAGCCGCAAAAUCUUUCCUUUCUUUCCAUUUAAAUUGAUUGGUGAAGUUAAAAAAGGGUGAUGAUGAUGAUGAAAUCAAUGAGCUACCACCGACUCUGUGCUUUCUCUCUUUUUUCUUAUUCUUCUUCUUCUCGUCCUCCGUUUUUGUAGAAUUCAAAGUCAAAUUUCUCGUCUCGUUUACUCUCUCUCUCUCUCUCUCUCUCUCUCUCUCUCUCCCUAACGGACUUGUUUCUCUGAGGGAGAGGUGGGAUUUGGGUUUUAUGGAUUUUAGUUGAAUGCAAGCUGUUCUGUUUGAAGGUUUAUUUAUUGAAAUUCUAUUGUGUGAUUGUUUUGAAUUUUGUUUGUUUUUAAAAGUAUUCGGUCAUUAGUCUCCAUUCAGAUAAUGGUGGGAAUUGGGUCGUUUUCUUAGGGUUUACUUUUUGUUUUAUUUGUAUUUUUUUGUGGUUUAUUUAAAUCAGUUUAUGCUAUAAAAAAUUAGUUGGUGAUAGGGAAUUUGGGGUUUUUGUAGGUCAAUUUUUUCAGGCAGUGCACAGAAAGUAUUUUUCUUAUUCAUUUUCUGAUUGGUAAGCAAUCUAUUAUAAACUUUUGGUUAUAAGGUCAAUAUUGGAUGGGAGGAUUUUGGGUUGGUGAAUUGGGUUUCUAUUUUAUCAAACUUUUUACUGCAGUAUUUGAUUGGUAAUUUGAUCUUAGGUGAGCCUUGUUGUUGAAUUUUCGUUGCCGAUUGCACAUAGCUGGUUCUUUUAUCAUAAAUAUUUAUUAGAAUUCGAAGACGAUGAUGAACAAUUUGAAAUUUAUGUGGAUCACUUCUUUCUAGGAUACUAAAAAAGUGGUGUUUCUGGGUUCUGUUAUUUUUUUAUUGCUGUUUGGGAUUUAAGGCUACCUUUGGUAUUUGAGGAAUUAUACUUCUACUCGGUUCUUUAAAAAUGGAUUCAAGAACAAGUUGUGAUGCUGAGGGUAUCACGGCGGAAGGGAAAUCUGAUAAUCAAUCAACGGUGAAAGGUAUAGGAAGUGUUAGUAGCAAAGAUAUGAUUUUUCGAGCAGAUAAAGUAGAUCUUAAGAGCUUGGAUGUACAGCUGGAGAAGCACCUGAGCAGGGUUUGGUCUAGGAACAUUGAGAACCAAAGGCCUAAAGAAGUGUGGGAGAUUGAUUUGUCUAAAUUGGAUAUAAGGCAUGUCAUAGCUCACGGAACUUAUGGGACUGUGUAUCGAGGUAUCUACGAUAACCAAGACGUUGCAGUGAAGCUAUUGGACUGGGGUGAGGAUGGUAUUGCCACAACUGCUGAAACCACUGCUCUGCGGUCAUCAUUUCGGCAAGAAGUUGCUGUUUGGCACAAGCUUGACCAUCCUAAUGUCACAAAAUUUGUUGGAGCAUCAAUGGGAACAUCAAAUCUCAAAAUUCCUGCAAAAGACAUGUCUGAUGGUCAAUCUUCUCUCCCUUCCAGGGCAUGUUGUGUGGUUGUUGAGUAUCUCCCUGGUGGGACUCUAAAACAGCACUUGAUAAGAAAUAGGCGGAAGAAACUUCCUUAUAAGAUUGUGAUCCAACUGGCUUUGGAUCUCUCUAGGGGACUUAGCUAUCUACAUUCCAAGAAGAUUGUACAUCGUGAUGUCAAAACUGAAAAUAUGUUAUUGGAUGCUCAUCGAACUCUUAAAAUCGCUGAUUUUGGUGUUGCCCGUGUUGAAGCUCAGAAUCCAAGGGACAUGACGGGUGAAACCGGUACCCUUGGAUACAUGGCCCCAGAGGUUCUUGAUGGCAAGCCAUAUAAUAGAAGCUGUGAUGUCUACAGCUUUGGCAUAUGCUUGUGGGAAAUUUAUUGCUGUGAUAUGCCCUACCCUGACCUUAGCUUUGCUGAUGUGUCAUCUGCUGUUGUUCGACAGAAUCUACGACCAGAGAUUCCAAGAUGUUGUCCAAAUUCUUUAGCAACUGUCAUGAGAAAAUGCUGGGAUGCAAAUGCAGAAAAACGUCCUGAAAUGGCUGAGGUGGUGAGAAUGUUAGAAGCCAUUGAUACAAGCAAGGGAGGAGGGAUGAUUCCAGAGGAUCAGGCUCCUCCUGCCUGUUUCUGUUUUGCCCCUGCCCGUGGUCCUUGAGUUCCUUGUUUCCCCCUUUUCUCCAUUCUUUAUUUGCUCAUUUCAUUUGAAAGCACAGCUGGAAUCAUGUCAACUAGCUCUUUGAUGGAUUUCUGCCUGACAUUUUCUUUACAGUAAUUAAAACAUGUUGCAAGGUUCAUAAAGUUUA